AAUGAUGAGACAAAGACAUUUAAUCCGCUCAAAGAAGAGCGAAGGAGAGAGCAAAGGAUGGGAGAGAGCAGCAGAUGGCCAGAAAGACGUCAAUCCUCCUCGUUCUUCCAGGACAACAGUGAGGCAGGAGACAGAUGAUUACAAGGGACAUUGACGUUACUCUGGGGCCCCUGCACGUCACAGAGAUGGAAUGGGAAAGCUUAAGGGAGUUGUAUUAGGAUGAAAGGGCAAAAUAGCAAUUGGGGAAAAGGAUGUGCGUCUUUAAAGACAUUGGCCAUCACUUGCUGGUGCCCAGCUGUCCAAUUGCUCCUCAUUAUUUACCGUCUUUAGUCAUUUACAGGAAUCUAACAAUUAUUGACAGAGCCGGCAAUCACGUUUGUGUUAUCUUUUCUUCAGAUAAGACACGCACACUUGAACUUUUUCAUUAAAAAGAUUAAUAGAUCAUAACUUGAUGCCACACUGCCCUCUCUAGCUGACGGGACGGUAGUGUCCUUGCGUCCCGUCAUCUCCAAGGUGAGAAUGAACAGAUGAGCAUGAAGCGCUUUUUAUGGCCUCUUAUCUAUUCUGUUUAAACUGCCAUCUCGACCUCCACUCCCAUUUCCUCUCAAUACUGGGGAAUUAACUGAAACACUUUAUUUUGAAUAAACAGAGAUUAAUCUCUGAUGUGCAAACAUAUAGAUGCUCUUAGAUGUUCGGGGGUCCCCUGUUCUCGGAGAUCAAUGGCAUGACUGGCAUACCCUUGUGAGAUUUACCAUCAGUUUAUUCUCGUUCAUUUCCUGAAAACAAGUUUGUUAUCGUUUUUCCUUUUCGUACUUGAGUGACUCAUGGAUUCUCUGUCGCUCUCUCAUAACUACUAUAUAAAUACAAGUUUACAGGGACAUGUCUUCUGUGGAAACCUAUCAUAUCUGGAGGUCUUGGGGAUAUCACUGCUCAGUGCUUUGCACAAACUUUGUAGUUUUUAGAUUUUGUUUAAUAUUUAAGUCAAGCUUAAGAUUUAUUAUUACAGUUAUUUAAUCUUGAGGAUAUUUUUUUCACCUUUGGAUAUCAUCAAAUUUCUAUGAACUAAAACCAUCAAUUUCGAUUGAUGCCCACCUGGUCAAUCAUGCUUUUUGCCUGUUUUUUCAUCUUUUUUGCUCUGUUUCCGAAGCUUCAUUGGUGUAUGUAUAUUCCUGCACAGAACGUGCUUCUGCCGUUCAGCACACAAGUCAGAGAACGCCUGCUCUACACAGAGAACAGAUUACAAGGGCUGUUCCUUGAAAUGAAUCCUGAUGGAUCCGUCAGAGGGUCUCCGGUAGAGAGACAAAACUGUGUGCUGGAACUGCGUUCAGUGAAAGCGGGAGAGACGGUCAUCAAAAGUGUGGCUACAUCUCUUUACCUCUGUGUGGAUGAUGAAGACAACUUGAAAGGACAGCUGCAAUACUCUGAAAAAGACUGCACCUUUCAAGAAAUGCUACUGGAAGACGGAUAUUCUAAUUUCCUAUCUCCACACAAUCACUUUCCUGUGUCGCUCCUCUCAAAGAAGUCUGGGCAGAAACAUGGUGGCCCAUUUUCUCGGUUCCUCCCCAUAAUGAAUACGGUGGCGGUGAGAGGAGAGGACAGCCAGAAACAGGAGGUGAAAGAGUAUAAUCAGGAUAUAAACCUGGACUCUGAUGACCCACUUGGAAUGAGACAUAACUCACACAUACAGACACUCUUCAGUCCCAGUAUGCAUACUAAGAAAUGAGGACCGGCGAACGUCAGUUAUGGAGGCACACUUUACAUUAUCACCGGACUGCAAGGUUAAAAAAAGUUUUGUUACUGUAUUUUGUUGCCUGAAACUGUAUUUAUUUGAAUAUAUUUAUUUAUUUGUUGUGGUCUAAAAUGAUUUAAAUUAAUUUAUACAUCAUUAUUAACUUAAAUAUUGUUAUAUUAAACAUUAAACAAUUAUUAAAUUAAACAUUACAUUUUAAAUAACAUGACGGAUAUCUGCUGGAGCAGAUUCUACUUUCAGUUUGUUUGUUCUUUUUGUAGUUCACUGAGUCACUUCAGUAUGUUUUUUUGUUUGAUUAAACUUUUUAAUAAAUGGUACACAAACAUG